AAAAAAAGCCCACCAUCAUCGCCCUUCCUUCUGGUGGUUUUCUCACCGACCCCAGCGGCUCCUCCCCGGUCGCGGAGUCGUCGUUCUCGUCUUCGGUACUCGCGCGCGCCAGCUCACUUCACCUCCUCCUCCCUUUCCCUUCCCCAGAUCUUCCUCCAUCCUUCCCUCAGAAUCCCAGAUCUCUCUCGGCCCCGUGCCCAGCGCUCCCAAACCCUUGCGCCGCCGCGGGUGCCAGGCCGCGAGCGUCGCCAUGGGCAUCGUCUUUACGCGGCUCUUCUCGUCGGUCUUCGGCAACCGCGAGGCUCGCAUCCUCGUCCUCGGCCUGGACAAUGCCGGCAAGACCACCAUACUCUAUAGGCUGCAGAUGGGAGAGGUCGUCUCCACGAUCCCAACAAUCGGGUUCAACGUGGAGACGGUGCAGUACAACAACAUCAAGUUCCAAGUAUGGGAUCUCGGUGGUCAAACAAGCAUCAGGCCAUAUUGGCGGUGCUACUUUCCAAACACCCAGGCUAUCAUAUAUGUUGUUGAUUCAAGUGAUACAGAUAGGCUUGUAACAGCAAAAGAAGAAUUUCAUGCCAUCCUUGAGGAGGAUGAGCUUAAAGGUGCAGUUGUCCUUGUAUAUGCAAAUAAGCAGGAUCUUCCAGGCGCACUCGAUGAUGCUGCCAUUACAGAGUCAUUAGAACUGCACAAGAUCAAGAGCCGCCAAUGGGCGAUUUUCAAAACAUCUGCAAUAAAAGGAGAGGGGCUCUUUGAAGGUUUGGACUGGCUCAGUAAUACACUGAAAUCUGGAAGCAGCUAAUUAGGAGCCUCUAUCUCCAUGUCAUGAAUCAUUUGCUGGAUGGUAAAAAAUAGAGCCGAUGCUGCCCAUUUCCUUGCAAGUCAGCGCACAAGUCCCAUUCUCUUUGUUUUAACUCCAGAAGUUCUACACCACCAUCAAUUAUCUGUAAAGUGCUUGUGAAAGUUUUUUGGAUACUACAUUAGAUGUACCCUCAUAUUGAGAUCAAGAAUAGGUCUGUAGAAAAUGAUGAGCAAACUGUGCCAGUGUCUUUACUCGUAAAUCUCAUGGAUUGUGACAAGUUUUUCCCCAAUGAUUAAGCGUACCCCAUUUCUGCCUUGUCUUAUCAGUGACCAGAUGCACUGCAUUUGUACCUUAAUUCUUGAGCACCUUUUGCUGACA